CAAAUGAUUAAGCAGACCGUAUGACGGUCAAGCUGCUUCGUUAACACACAUCCUGACCUAUCCCUAUCCCUAUCCCAAUCAACCCAUACUUCCUUCACCACCGUCCACCACCGCCUGCGAUCUCACUCCACAAUGUCAUGGUUCGCCCGAUCCAUCGCCAACACCUUCCAACUCGAUCUCAACGACGACGCUAACGACUCCGAACACCACUCCCCAAAUAAUAACAUCCCCACAGAUCAAAAACCUCAACAACUCGAACAACAACAACAACAACAAGACGAUUCAUCUUCAUCUUCACCUUCACCUUCACCUUCAUCACCAACCCGCGGCGUAAAAGAAGACUUAUCAGAGAUCACAAAAACCCUAACUCGUCAACUAUGGGGCGUCGCUUCCUUUCUCGCUCCUCCACCUCCCUCUGACCCGAACAAUCCCCAAUCGGAUCCAUUGGAUCCGGAAGAUGCUGCUCCGGAGGGGAUCUUAGGUAUACGGAGAGAUUUUGCAGAGAUUGGAGGGAGAUUUCGGAGUGGAAUAUCGAAGUUGUCUAAUAAUAUUGAUGUGUCGGAGAUUACGAAACUAGCUUCGAGUUUUCUGCAAGUUUCAGCGGAUGGGGAGGAUUAUGUUUUGUCUGAGGAUGCUCAGGCGAUUGGUGUGACGGAGGAGGUUCUGAGUUUUGUUAGGGAUGUUGUUAUGCAUCCUGAAACUUGGUUGGAUUUUCCUCUUCCUGAUGAUGAUGAGGAUGAUGAAGAUUUUGAACUAUCUGAUGCACAACAAGAGCAUGCUCUGACUGUCGAAAGUUUGGCGCCAAGAUUGGCUGCUCUUAGGAUUGAACUUUGCCCGGGUUAUAUGAGUGAAGGUUCCUUUUGGAAGAUAUAUUUUGUGCUUUUGCAUCCGAGACUUGAACCUCAUGCUGCUGCACUUCUUUCGACACCUGAGAUUGUGAAAGCCAGAGCAUCAUUGACACAUGAGCUGAAGUCUCAUUCUACCUCUCAGACAAAAGUGGAUGACGGAUCAACAAACAAUUUUCCUUAUUCUGAACACAAACCUGAAUCUUCUCAAGAAGAGCAUUCUUCCGUCCCACUUGAGACAUCUAACACUCAAUUAACCACAUCUGUCGUAUCAACUAAUCCAGAGACUGAAAAACAUUAUAUCCAAACUGAAGAAGAGGUUCAAAUUGUAGACAAGUCUGUCAUUCAAGAGGAACCAAGAAAUAAGACCAAGGUCGCAGAUCAAAACACGCUUUCCAGUGCUACUUCUAAUGUAGUUGAAGAUAAAGAUGAAGAUGAUUGGCUGAAAGAAGACAGCUCAGAAAACAUUGUCACUGGUACAACUACAACUACAACUACAAUUCCCAUUGACCAUGACGAGGAUGUUUCGUUUAGUGAUCUUGAGGAGGAUGACGAUGAAGAUGCUUCGACAAAUUACAAAAAGACAGCGUCUGGUUCUGAUUCAUCAACAAAAGACUCGAGAGAUUGGGUUCAGCUGGGAAGUGAUUCUUCGACUACUGACCGUGCCGGACAGGUAAGUGGUGCGCAUAAGACGAAGGAAUCUAAUGAUUGGCUGGAUGUUGAUGACAUUGAUGUGGCAUGAUGUUUAAUAGUUUUUAUUCCCGCUCACUGUUCUUGGAUUAUCAGUGUAUGUUGCUUUUGUGAAUAUCUUGUUUACAGUUUCCGCAAAUUUCGGUUAUGGCUUCUGGAACCCUGUACAUAAGUCUGGUUAUUGAUGUCCCACAAUAAUAUGUUUUUUUACACA